AUGGACACCCAUGUGGAAUGCUACGAGGAGCUGACGGAGAUGACGCUUCUGCUGAACACCAGCACGGAGCUCAUGGACAUCGAAGAAGCCCACCUGCGCUUCGUUCGCAGGACCAACGACUCCAAGGUCCGGAUGGGCAUGCCCACCCUGAAGCGCUUCGCCCGGCCGCUGGACUGGGCCGGACUUGAAGCGGCCCUGCGCGGUUACGCGCGGCAGGUCCGGAAGUCCCAAGCCCACGGCGAAGAGGCAGAGAAGCAGGUGUUGCCGGGCUUGAUGCUGCGGCUUCCGGGCGAGUCGAGGAAGCACCUCCUCUCCAGGAGCCUGGCCGUAAGCUCUCCUUUCGAGCGCAAGAAGCACGACCCCAUCCACCUCUACCUGCACAUGAUGGACUUCCAGGGGCACCGAGCUUGA